AUGUACGCCUCCUCGCCAGAAGAUACAGUACCUGAUCUUCAUGGACGUCUUGCCGCUGCGAGAUUAAAGUUGCACACUUUAGACUCUACUCGUGACGACUAUCAACAACAGAAAGACAUUGCAGACUUCGAUAUUGGCUUUCUUGAGAAAGAGAUUAGAGAGAUACAGAGAUCAACGUAUGAUAUGUUGGGUCCACAAGAAAUCGCCCAGUAUCAGCAGUUGGCAGGUCAACCUUGGAAUGGCAACAACGUGCAUAGUCAUCCUACAGGACGGCCACAGUCGAGUGACGCAUCUUUCCCGAACUCCGGCUACCCCACGUCUCAUGCCUUUACAAAUGGAUUAGAUGGCCACUUUGCCUCGGAUGGUCUGAUCAGGGGUACUGGGUAUGGUGUAGAUAUGCCGGGUGCCUGGAAUGAUGAGCCAACGGAACCUCGUCAGGCUCUUCCUGAGUCUCCACAAGAGUCUAACGGAUGGUCGACCAAUAUAACGUCGAUGUCCAGUCCAGACAUCGACCAAGCCCUUCCCCGCAAAAGGCAGAAGGCAAGCCAUAUAUUUGACGAGGAAUCCAACAGUGAGCAUCACCCAACGGCUCCUACUACCACCAACACUAGUCCCGCUAAUUUGGACUCCUACGAUUAUACCGAAGACAUGUUUCAAAUUCUGGGCGGAAAUCCAAAAGAGAUGAUGGCUGAGAUGCACGAAGAACACCUUUUACAGGAGAAGCGGGCGGAGCUGGUUCGUCAAGAUGAAGCGCUGGCUAGAGCUAUUCAAAGACAAUUCGAUGGUGAUAAUCACCUUGAAUCUGGAAAUAUGAUGGGAAAUGCAUUUGGGUCUUCGAAACAAUCAAGGUUUAACGGCAACAGUGAAUUCCUGGAGCUUUCGUCGGAUCCGUCCUCCGCUCUCGAUUCUAGUCCUAACACGAAUUAUGUAAAGAGAGAGCACCCGACAUAUUUCCACCAACCUGUUAAGACCGAGCUAAGCCCAGAGGCACCCGAUGCUAAUUCCUACCGACGUGGAGCUUUACCUAUAGCUUCUCCUCAGCGAGUCAAGACGGAGGACGCGGGCCCUAGUCGAUCGGCAAACGCAGAAUUCAUCAACCUAUCGAGUGAUCCUAGUUCGCCGAUGGGCUCUGCUACCGGGAUAGGAUGUGACAGUAACCAUCCCAUCAGCCUUGAUUCAGAUCCGCUCUUCCAAGAUUUGUUGAGAAAUGACACGCCACAUCACACAAACGAAGUCAUCGAUCUCGAUGACGACAGUGCUUCUGGUUUCGCGGCAUUUAAUGGACUUGCUAAACAUGCGACUCACUUCGGCCACACUUUCUACGAAGAUGUUCAAAACCUUUACAAUAGGGCUCAGGCGGUUGUCGGCAUGGGAGGAGGCUCUGUCUACGGUAACGGAAUCAACAACGCUGCACAGAAUGUUCCUUUCGUCGACCUUUCUAACGGGAUCGGCGAAUUCUCAUUCUCGCCAACAGCAAUCGCUAACAAUGCGAUAUCUCGACAUGGCAUCAACCCAUCGGACCCCGAAGCUUAUCAAAGCCUUGUCGAUCGUGUCAAUUAUGUAGCAUCCGAUCCAACUCGGACGAAAGCUGAAAUAAAGGCGUUACUGGAGAACAUCCGUCCAGAUGAAAACCUGCCUCCUGAAAACCGAGAAGGGACUCCAGAGGCAAUGACGUACCCUUUGAUGGAACAUCAAAAGCUUGGCCUCGCAUGGCUACGGAAGAUGGAGGAGGGUGAGCAAAAGGGAGGCAUUCUGGCCGACGACAUGGGGCUUGGUAAAACCAUCCAAGCCUUGUCAUUGAUGGUCUCUCGUAGAUCCUCCAAUCCAUUGUGUAAAACGACGCUUAUCAUCUGCCCAGUCGCUUUGCUGAAGCAGUGGGAACGUGAGAUUCGUUUGAAGCUCAAACCCGGUCCAGAGCAUAGUCUAAAGACGUUCAUAUUCCAUGGUAAUACCCGCCUGGCGUCAUGGGAUACGCUAAGAAGAUCUGACGUCGUUCUGACUACUUUUGGUACGUUGACGAGCGAAUACAAGCGGUAUGAGGGCAUUGCAAUGAAGAAGAAGGCGAACCCAAACUGGCGGCCUACUUCAAAAGACGACUCUCUCAGCUUGUUGAGCGAUGCGAGCCUGUGGUAUCGUGUAAUCAUCGAUGAGGCACAGUGCAUCAAGAAUAAAGGUACACGAGCUGCCAAGGCUGCCUUUGCGCUGAAGGCACAGACAAGAUUCUGUAUGACAGGCACCCCCAUGAUGAACUCAGUAGAUGAAUUGUUCUCCUUAGUCCAUUUUGUUCGGAUCGCGCCGUGGAAAGAGUGGAAGUACUUCAGCGACAACUUUUCGAAGCCACUCAAGAGCAACAGCCCACGUGCUAAGAAGCAAGCAAUGGAGAAGCUCCAGGUCUUACUGAAGGCCAUUCUUAUGCGCCGGACGAAGAAGUCUAUGAUUGAUGGCAAGCCAAUCCUGAGAUUACCGCCACGUCAUACAGAGGCCGUACAGGCUGAGUUCAGCGAAGACGAACAGUCAUUCUACCAGGCCCUCGAAAAUCGGACCCAACUACAAUUCAACAAAUAUCUCAAAGCAGGUACUAUUGGCCGCCACUAUUCGAACAUCCUUGUCCUGCUUUUACGGCUGCGCCAAGCUUGUUGCCAUCCGAACUUGAUCAAGGACUUUGCAGAGAAAGCCUUUGACAGCGAGCUUACUGGCGAUCAAAUGGCAAAGCUUGCGAAGUCCCUCGCAGAUGACGUAGUCGCUCGGCUCAAAGAACAGACUGAGAACGAUGAAGUAGGACUCUGCCCAAUCUGUAUGGACGUUUCCGAGAAUACCACUAUAUUCAUCCCUUGCGGACACAACGCUUGUUCUGAGUGCUUCGCUAAAAUCACGGAUCCUACCAACGCUAUCGCUGGUGGAGACUUUGGAGAACGCGGUAAUCGUGAGGCGGCAUGCCCCAAUUGUCGUGGGAAGAUUGAGGUAUCGAAGAUCAUUGACCACCGUACCUUCAAACAAGUCCAUAUGCCACAAAAUGAAAGCAUGCUUGAGGAGCUCAAGGAGGAACGAAAUGAUUCGGAUGCUUCAUCUGAUACCAGCAGUGAUAGUGAAGACGACACAGAUGACGACGUAGAUGCGAAUGGCAACUUGAGAGACUUUAUAGUAGCAGACGACGAAGAUGGGCAUGAGGGGGUUUCGUUCAGAAAGGCCCAAAAACGUGAGAACCCAACCAAAUAUAAAGGCAAAGGGAAGGCGAAAGAGAAACGACCAAGGAAGACCUUAGCAUCGCUGAAAAAGGAUAGCAUGAAGAAUGCAAAAGCCAAACGCCGAUACCUCAGAAGGCUAGAGAAGGAAUGGGAGACCAGUGCUAAGAUCGAGCAGAGCAUGGACAUAUUGCGCAAUCUGCAAAGCGAGGCCGACUCAGAAAACAGACCGCCAGAGAAAACCAUUAUCUUUAGUCUAUUUACGUCGUUGCUGGAUCUCUUGGAGAUCCCAAUCAAUCGGGAAGGUUGGACCUAUCGACGAUACGAUGGAAGUAUGAAAGCGGAUGAGCGCAAUCGAGCCGUCGAAGACUUUACUGACAAGAAGGAUUGCAAAAUCUUACUGACGUCUCUCAAAGCUGGAAAUUCUGGCCUGAAUCUAGCGGCUGCAUCGCAGGUCAUUAUCUUCGAGCCGUUUUGGAACCCGUAUAUCGAGGAGCAAGCAAUUGACCGUGCUCACCGCAUUGGUCAACAAAACCCAGUCUAUGUUCAUCGCAUACAAGUCAAAGGCACAGUAGAAGACAGAAUUCUCACACUACAGGAGAAGAAGCGUGAUCUCAUUGAAAGCGCCCUUGAUGAGAAUGCCUCGCAAAGGAUCAGUCGGUUGAGUACGCAGGACUUGGCUUUCCUUUUUGAUGUUCCUCUGGUUCGAGACUAG